ACAUAAAUAAAAGGUAUAGGAGAUAAAUAACAGCUAUGGUAGAUAAGGUGAUUUAGGUGUGCUAAAAGUCAGUAUCAGUGCAUAAUUAUUACAGUUUGGGCAAAAACUCAACAAGAUGAUGGCCAUGUCAGAGCGUGAUGUCAUCGACUUCUCUGCACUGGAGCAAGAGCUGCAAGCGGUGGUGGAGUCUGAGCGGAGAUACCAACGAGAGAACGAAGCUAAACUGAGGGCCGUCAGCCAGAGAGUUGCCUCCUACCAGGAGUUCAGAGACCUGGUCCUGACCUGUCACCUGAAACCUCUGGAGAAGAAAGACAAACACGGAGCUCCACGGAAACAGCCCUGGAACCCUGUUGCCCCGAGCAACAACUGAUGUCGCCAUAGAAAUGAGGAACACAUAAACCAGCUUGAAUUUUUCUUUUUUACCGUAUCCUUGUUUUUUUUAGUUGUUUCCAUGGUGCAGGUGCAGAUGGUUCAUUGUUGCAAUUCAACCCUCAGCAUUUGUGGAGAUACUAAGUUUUCAUUGAACAGGAAGUGCUGUGAGACUUGAGAUGACGUCACACAUAAAAAGUGGAACACGUGUGAAAUGGAAAUGUGACUUGAAUAAAAAUAUAAAACCAGUGAGACAUUUGUUUAAAUCCACUGAAGAAUCUCAAACAAGGAGGAACCUGCUGUGACUGUUUUUUCAAAAAU